AUGGACAUCAACAGCAAUAGAGCAGGCAGCCGUGGCGUCACGACCGCCGCAAGUAGCAAACCUAAGCAUAUCUCUAGGCUUAGAAAAGAAAUGCUCCAGCAUCGCAUGUACAAUCACCCGUUCAGCUCUCCGCCCUCGACCACUGGCUCGCACGAUACCGUCAGCACCACCACCGAGGACGUCGUCAGCCUGUCCAACUUCUCCUUCAACCCAGACGAGGAGGUUCAGGCCCCCGCGAGGCGACAAGCCCGUUCCAGCCGCUUUGCUUCGUCUUCUGCUGCUAGGAACAACCAUCCCGACGACAUGCUGAAUACAUCAGUCAUUGCCCGUACCUUUCCCGAGUGGAGCGGUCUCGUCUCCAAAGAGGCCAACAACAACAAUAAUAAUAACAAUAACAAUAACAAACCGUCCAGCAGCCACACCAGCGCGACGACCGCCAGCACAGAAGAGCCUGCCCGGUCCGGCUCAGAUCGAGAUCGAGACCGGGGAAAGGAGAAUGUUCCCCCGGGGUCGUCUGGGUCGGUCGCAGGCCAGUCGGAUGCGAAUAGUAUCGACAAGGUGCUUGAGCUCCGGCGGCGUAGUAUGCACGCCAGCAUGCAGGCCCGCGCCGAGACCGAGACCGACGUGUCGAGCGUGCUGUCUAACUCGCCCAGCAGGCCGCCAUCCAGUGCUCGCCGCUCCCGAUUUGUGUACACAGAGCCCGAGUCUCCUGAUCUCGGCAAGAGCAAGCUGCAGACCAUCGCGACCAAGAUCCGCGUCGAGCGACGUGAUAGUAGCACCCCACGCCGGGCAUCUUCGUUGAGAGAAGUCCUACAUCAUUACCCCCCUCCUCUCGAAACCCCUGCCCCCCCCUCCAGCCAUCAGACGGAUUCUGCGACAGACCAGACCGGCCCCAGCCCGAUGAGCCAAUCCUUCUAUCUCCCCGCAUUCCGCCAUCUCCCCGACUGGACCUCCGGUACUCUUAGGUUUAGCACCAUGAAGAACGGCGUUCCAGUCUUUGUGAGGUCCAGCAAGUCCGGCGGCCCCAACGGCAUCGUGCGCCACUCGCAGGCCGCCCACGCCGAUUUACCAGGAGUCGGCAUCUCACCCGAGGACGAGCAGAUCUUCGUCUCCAUGGAUAAGCUCCAGGAGGAGGUGCGCGAGCUGCACGACCACGACGCGAUGCUACAGCGCGAGGCGGAACGCCUGCAGAGAGAGGUUAAUCUCCUCCAGGCUGAGCUCAAGAGGUAUAAGGGUCGGAAGCCUUCGGACAGUGCCAUCGGCUCCGAGUCGGAUACCUCGUUCCGGAGGAGCGCUGGUGGUAGUGCUGGUGGUGGCUCGGGGGCCGUUGGUGUCGGGCCGGAGUAUCAGGCGCUGCAGGCGCAGAUUGCCGAGUUGAGGGAACGGCUGGAGCAGACGCAUCGGCAGGUCGGGGUUAAUGAUAUUCAUAAUACUGCGCUGGUCGCUGAGAGGGAUGAGGCCCUGCGUCAGGCGCAGAUGGCAAGGGAGAAGGCUGCCAAGCUACAGGCCGAGCUCGACGCGUCGCAGAAGGACCGUGAUGCCUCACUGCAGUUGAUGCAGGACAAGGAGGCGUUGGAGCUGAAGAAUGCCGAGCUGAGCGUCGAGAACGCGAAGCUUCGUGAGCAGAGGGAUGCUUUAGCUGAGAAAAACAAGGCGUUAAUGAAGGAGAACGAGAGCCUGCGUCGCGAGCUGAGCGGCAUCCAGAAGGACCUGGCAGCCGCCCGCGACGAGCUCGCCUCCGUCUGUCAGAAGUAUGAGGCCCUGCAGAAGGAGAAGCGCGAAUUGUCGCACGAAAAUGCCAUGAUGGAGCGCCAGAAUGAGGACUACUACCAGCAGACCAAGAAGCUCCAGGCCCAGGUGGCUGCACGCGACCAGCAUAUUGCCGAUCUGAGGAAGGGCAUCAAAACCCGUGACGACAUGAUCGAUACCAUGCAGGGCUUGAAUGGAGACGAAGCCGUGCUUGAGCUGAACGCUGAGCUCGAGGCCGAGGUCGAGGAGCUUAAGAAGAAAGUCGAGAUGCAGACGCUGAAGCUGCAGCAGAGGGAGGUGGACAUCGAUACCAAGGAGAGCAAGAUCCGGCUUCUACGCCAGCAGAAUCAAGACUUGGCGGCCGAGAAUGAGAAGCUGGUCGAGGAGAUCCAUCGUCUGCGUGCCGAGCAGGAGGAUCUGCAUGAUCACCUCCUGGAUCAGAGGCAGCGGAUGAAGGAGCAUCGUGACUCCGGUAAGCAUGUUAACGGCAUGGUUGAGCAUCACAUCGACUAUGAGGAUGCUCGCAAGCUGGACUCUAGGGAGGCAGACCGUAGAGAGGCUGCCGUCCGUAAGGUCAAGGAGCUCACCAGCCGCAUCAACGAGAUCGCCGAGCGCGAGUUCCUCGGCGGCAGCAAGACGCCUGCCAAGGUCGCCCGUAUCAUCUCCCCUAGGCAGGAACGGCAUGACGAAAUUGACCCCGACCACCACCACCACCAUCAUCAUCAUCAUCAUCUUCAUCAUCUUCAUCAUCAGUAUGACGGCGGCGAGAAGAACGGCGCCUAUGAAGAGGAAGACACACUCGACCGCCUGGCCCAGCUCGCAACCCGUAGCCACGACGAUGCCGACGCCAUCGAGGUCGAGAUCGCCAAGCUGCGCAAGACGUAUGAGGAGUUGAUUGCGCAGCAACAGCGCGAUAACAUGUACGCCGUCGAUAUGGAAGAGAGCGGCCGGAUCCGCAGCGCCCAGCAGACACCCCGGGCCGCCCGCGGCCGGAGUAAAUCAGAUAGUCGGACCCCCCGCGCACAAUCACGGACCCCCAAGGGCGGCAAGCUAACGGGUAUUCUUAAGAAGCCAUCCCAGAGCCAGUUCAACGAUGACGACGCCGCCCGCUUCAGCGUCAAGUCUGCUAUGAGCAUCGUUGGUCACGAAGACCAGGACGAUCCGUUCUCUGCCGGGCUGGACGCGGCAUCGACGCCGCGACGCGCGCGCAGGGCCACUGCCUCGGGCGUGGUCUCCGAUAGUGAGGGGGAUAACACGCCCCGGCCGGCGAACAGGGAGCGCGUAAGGAGGCACUCAGACGCGAGUAUUAUCGAGUUGAACAGGCAACGAACGCCGGGGAAGAUGCAGCAAAACCGGGAUGUCAAACAGGUGCUGGACAGCCUUUGCAAGCACAACUCCACAAACUGCAACAUCUGCCUGCGCAUCGCCGCCGUCCCGAAUGCGGCUAUCUCCGUCCCUGACGGCUCCAAACCCGCUGAGCCGCUCCUGACAGCAGAAGAUAUCUCCCGCGGCAAGAAAACCGUCACCGCGUCCAAACCCAUUCCUCCCUCAGCCCUCAACAACGCGAACAGCGUUAUUACCAAUACGGUCCCCCAAACCCCCAACCGCCCCGUCCCCCUCCCAGAAGACCAACCCACCAUCCGUCCGUCUAUGCCCCCCGGCGAAGCCCUCGCCGUCCUCAUCAAGGAAACCCGCGACGAGAUUGACCAUCUGCAAAUGCGCUUGCGGUCCCUCAACGAAAAGUAUUUUGCCAUGGACAAGGCUGUGGGGAUGCGUGAGCGAAGAAAGCUGAUGGGGGAUAUUCAGAGACUGCAGGCCGAACUGGAGGCCAAGAGUGGUCAUUUGUAUCGGUUGUAUGAUGUGCUGGAGGGGCAGAGGGAGGCCGGGCAGGAGAUGAGACGAGAUGAGGUUGAAGUUACUGUGUUGAGUUGGUUGGGGGGUGUAAAGGCUGCUGAGGAGGAGGAGGAGGAGGAGGGAGGGGGAGGAGGAGGAGAGGAAGGGAAAAGAGGUCUGGGAGGAAGCUAA